AUGCUCCUGGCCAUGCGCAUGGGUGUGCUCAGCACUGCUGCAGCUGCGGCUGAGUUCGCCAGGCGGCGCGCCGGGCCGGGGGAAGAAAACGACGGCGGGGGAAUAUGGGGCUGGGUCGUCGGUGCAGGCACGGCCGAGGGCGUGCGGCAGCAUCGCCGCCCGCGCCGGCCGGCGGAGCCGGGCGCGUCAGCGGCGGCUCCUGGGGUGUGGGGCCUGCUCAACACGCACUA